AACAAUGACAUUAAUUCCACAACUUUAAACACCAUUAGAAUGAUGAUUUUUCUUCCACUAAGAAACUCAAAAAAGGUCUUUCCGCUAACUCCUCUAGCGCUCACUCUUUCGCUCGGUCUCCGUCUCCUCCUCUUCGGGUACCGAUUUCCCCUUUGCUCCUUAUCGAUCGCUGGUCACACAACCCAAGUUAACUUCUUUCACGUUCGAAUUCGAGAUUCUGUUCCUCUUUUGCCCCAUUUCUCAGGAGCUCUCGAGUUAAUCGUCAGAGUCAACGUGAGAGAACCUAGGGAGGAGAGGUCGAUGCCGAUGGUAGCAAGAGAGAAAUCGGUGCGAUUAGACCAACUUGACACCGAGGCCAUGCUUGACGAUUUGGAUUCCUUUGAUGAUAUCCCUCUUCCCACGACGACCACCACAGAACGAAGACCCGGAAAGUUUCGACCUAGAGCUCGUGCUAAAACUGCUAAUGUUGCCUCUACAACCCCCAAAAACUCUGAUGCUGCACAACUGGUUCCUCCAUCUCCGCAGCCUUCAGCUCAAGAUUCUGAUUUUAAUCUGGAGAUGGAGAGAACCGGUCACGAACCUGGCCUUUCCAAUUACUCUGUUGUGGCAGAUGGAUUUUUGGAUACUUCUCGGCAGAGUCAAGGAAGUUUAGGCCAGAUGCUUGCUUCAGCUUGUGUUCCCCUAAUGGCCCCACAAGUACAACUGCAGGGAAUGUUGAUAUCUUUUAGCCAAAAGUUGAUCAACAAUGCCAAAACAAGGAACUUAUGACAUCGUCCAAUGAUUUUCUU